UAACUAAAAGUCACACUCUUUGAGCUUAUUUGAGUAACCUCUCUUUUUCUUUUUAUCUUGCAUUAUCUGAAGCAGCCAUAUAUAUAUAUAUUGACAACAUCUCCUGUAAUUCCUAUUACAAUGGCUUCCACUAUUCCUUGUAACAUUUCCUUGAAUUCUGGGAUGUUUUUAAACUCUUUUAAUCAUCAGAAAUUUACCCUUCAAUUUUUUCCUUGUAAUUCCAAAUGGGUGUUGACUAAUUUUAACCGUCGUUGUUGGAAACAACAUGGGUCGUUUCAACGUAAGCUUGGUUGUGUUUGUUCUCAAACUGCUGAGACAGAGGAGUUGCAAAAAAGGAGGUGCGCACCUUUACUAGAACAUGAGAUAUUAUACAAUCGUGUAUUGUUGGGCUCUAGCGACUGGAAAACAGUUCCUGAUAUUUGGAGAACUGCUGCAGAAAAGUAUGCUGAUCGGACUGCUUUGAUAGAUCGAUAUCAUGAACCUCCUUUAGAGCUGACUUAUAAGCAGCUUGAGCAGGAGAUUUUGGAUUUCUCUGAAGGCCUAAGAGUUGUUGGCAUAGAGCCAUAUGAAAAGGUUGCACUUUUUGCAGAUAAUUCAUGUCGUUGGUUAAUUGCUGACCAAGGUACUAUGGCAAUGGGUGCUAUCAAUGUUGUGAGGGGGUCAAGGUCAUCCACAGAAGAACUAUUGCAGAUAUACAAUCAUUCUGAGAGCGUUGCACUCCUUGUGGAUAAUCCUGCAUUAUUUAAUCGAAUGGCCGACUUGUUCGUUGGCCAGGCAUCAACGAAAUUUGUGAUUUUGCUCUGGGGAGAGAAAUCAGAUUUGAGUGAAGCAGUGUCUGAUAGACUUUCAGUUUUCAACUACAGCGAAAUAAUAGCAAUGGGAAAAGAAAGUCGGAAACAUCUGAGUGACUCUUAUGAUGCUAGGAAAUUAUACUCUUAUGAGCCCAUAAGCUCUGAUGAUGUUGCCACGCUGAUGUAUACUAGUGGAACCACGGGCAACCCAAAGGGUGUAAUGAUUACACACCGGAAUCUUCUGCACCAGAUCAAGAGUUUAUGGGAUGUUGUACCUGUUCGAGCUGGAGAUAAAUUUCUGAGCAUGCUGCCCCCUUGGCAUGCUUAUGAACGCGCAGCUGAGUAUUUCAUCUUCUCAUAUGGAAUAGAGCAAGUGUAUACUACCGUAAAGAACCUGAAGGAGGAUUUAAAAAAUUAUCAACCUGAUUACCUGAUUUCUGUUCCAUUGGUCUACGAAACACUCUACAGUGCAAUUCAGAAGCAGAUUGCAGCAAACUCUGCUGUUCGAAAGAUCAUUGCUCUUGCACUCAUAAAGAUUAGUUUGACAUACAUGGAGCUUAAGAGGAUUUAUGAGGGGAAAUAUCUGCCUAAGAAGCAGCAGCAACAGUCUUACCUCAUAGCACUUGUGGAUUGGCUUUGGGCAGGAAUAGCUGCAACAGUUUUGUGGCCAAUACAUAAUUUGGCCAAGCUGCUAUUGUAUAGUAAAAUCAAAUCUGCUAUCGGGAUUUCAAAGGCAGGCAUAAGUGGAGGUGGUAGUUUACCUUUGCAUAUCGACAAGUUCUUUGAGGCAAUCGGUAUUAUAGUGCAGAAUGGGUAUGGUCUGACUGAAUCUUCUCCUGUUGUUGCCGCUAGACGACCAGCCUAUAAUAUUUUAGGAUCGGUUGGUCAUCCACUUAAGCGUACAGAAAUUAAAGUUGUAAAUGCUGAUACAGAUGAGGUCUUAUCACCUGGUUCGAAAGGCAUUAUCAAAGUUAGGGGCCCACAAGUGAUGACAGGCUAUUUCAAGAAUCCAUCCGCUACAAGGCAAGUUUUGGAUGACAAUGGCUGGUUGAACACGGGAGAUUUAGGAUGGAUAUCACCUUGUCAUUCAUCGGGAAGAAGCCGGCUUUGUGGAGGUGUUCUUGUUCUUGAAGGACGUGCAAAAGAUACUAUAGUUCUCUCGACAGGUGAAAAUGUAGAGCCCUCGGAAAUCGAAGAAGCGGCCGUGAGAAGUAGUCUAAUUGAACAAAUUGUUAUCAUUGGCCAGGACCAACGACGUCUUGGAGCUAUCAUCGUUCCAAACAAAGAAGAGGCUUUACAGGCAGCAAAGAGAUCGUCUCUUAUUGAUGCAGAUGCUAGUGAACUGAAAAAGGAAAGGUUGACAAACCUUUUACGCGAGGAGUUGAGAAAGUGGACUUCAGAGUUCUCGUUUCAAGUUGGUCCAGUGCUAAUUGUGGAUGAACCUUUCACGAUCGAUAGCGGUCUAAUGACUCCGACCUUAAAGAUCCGAAGAGACGUAGUUGCAGAUAGAUAUAGAGAUGAAAUAGCAAAUCUAUACAGGUGAACAUACAACACAGACGUACACACAGUAGCUGUGAUUUGGAAUUGGAGGUGCAGCAGUUGAUCAUACAACCCCUAUGCUCUUUUCAUUUCAACAAUUUUUUUUCCAACUCUAGGGAUGAAACUUGAAAAUUCUAUAAAUGUGUUCUUUUGGAAAUAAUUGAAGAAAAGUAAAGGGCAUAGACCAAAUGUAUCUUGUAAAUGAGAAAGCUUGAAACUUUUGUCCCCAUGUAAAUGUAAUUGUCUUUGUUUCCUAGUCA